CAAUCCCCCCACAACCCCCCGCCCCCAAGCUAGCUAGUGGCUAACUAAGUAACACAACAUCGCCUGGCUUCAAACUUCAGCGAUUUGGAUUAACGGGGGAUUAAACCGCACGGUGAUCGCGAGCUCCGCGCUUUUCCGCACCGUUUAGCCGCCGGAAAUGGAUCCACGAUGCGGGGAACUUUUUAAAAAUAAAUUAAAUACUUGUGUGAAUCUGUGAAACAUUCGUUAGCUUUUAGCGGCUAGCGGUUUUUUUUUUUUUUUUUUUUUUUUUUUUUUUUUUUUUUUGGCGCUCGGGCUAACUUUGAGCUGUGCCGUGAUUGAGCGUUAGCUUAGCAUACAGGCUAACAAGCUAACAGGCUAACGGCUAACAGGCUAACAGGCUAAUCUGCCUGUGGAGUAGUUUUGGAGUCCGUGUGUUAGCUUAGCCAGCUAGCUUCAACUUCAACUCCACAGCGCGGAGUUUAUUUACUCGUUACUUUUAAAACCAUUGGAUUAAAAACAAACCAACAAACCUGUUCAGUCAUCAUCAUCAUCAUCAUCAUCAUCAUCCUCACUGAUGAAGAAUGAGUGUGUGUGUGGUGCUGGAGACUGAAUCAGGAACCCUGAUGGCUGGAUCUGGGUAUCAAAUGGUUGUGUGAAGAACCAUGGGAAGCUGCUGGAGCUGUCCAGAUAAAGAAUCCAUACCUGACAAUCACCAGAGCAAGUUCAAGGUGGUGAACGUUGACGAUGACGGUAACGAGCUCGGGGCUGGGAUCAUGGAGCUGACCGAGGACGAACUCGUUCUCCGCACACACAAGUGUGACGCAGUCAGGUGGCCUUACCUGUGCCUCCGUCGCUAUGGUUACGACUCCAACCUCUUCUCCUUCGAGAGCGGCCGCCGCUGCCAGACUGGGCAAGGAAUCUUUGCGUUUAAGUGCGCUCGAGCGGAGGAGAUCUUCAACAUGCUGCAGGACAUCAUGCACAACAACAGCAUCAGCGUGGUGGAGGAGCCUGUGUUUGAACCUGCGCUCACGCACACACACACACACCCCGAGCCGGACGCGCCGCAAACGCCCCGGACUCCCACAGGUGGCGCUCUCCCCGUGCUACCCAAUGGGAGCCUGCGGUACCCGUCGCUAGGCGACGCCUCCUCCCACCCCUCCAGUAGGCACCCCUCGGUGGGCAGCGCCCGCCUGCCGUCUGUGGGAGAAGAGUCCACGCACCCGCUGCUGAUGCCCGACGACGGCAUACGGGGCCACACGUACGUGAACACUACAGGCCUCCUGGACGAUCAGCACGCAGGGGCAGGGCACGGAGACCCCCCUGCCCCCCACAGCCCCGCCCCUGAGGGGGAGGAGCCUGUGCAGGCCCCAGACCCCGGUCCUCGUGUACAGCUGGAGCGUGAGGGCGUGAGGUUCGUUCUGGGGCCGACGCCCGUGCAGAGGCAGCUCAUGGCCAGGGAGAGGCAGCAGGAUGGGGGCGUGUCAUCCGGCUCCACCCUCAGCUCGGCGAACGGGGGCGUGGCCGCUACAGAGGCCGCGCCGGAGCACUCGAACGGUCCCGUGUUUGGCCCGUCACGCCGCAGGCCCCGCCCCCCGCCUCUCAGCCCUGACGCUAACGUGAACAACUCGGCCCAGCGCAGGACGGCGCUGCUGGACUACGAGAACCUUCCGUCGCUCCCUCCGCUGAGGGAGGACCCUAAAGCAGGCGACGAGGAGGAGGAUCAGGACGAGGCCGCCAGGACCAAGACACAGCCGCCCAACGGUUACCACAGCGCCGACUCCGCCCACCUCUACAUCAACACCGAGAACGUAGCAGGGGCGAUGUGGCCGGAGUCGGCGCCUCUGAGCGCGGGGUGGGCGGAGUCUGGGCCGCUCAGCGCCGGGAGGGUGGAGUCGGGGCGUUUCAGCGUGUUUAACUUCGACCUGCGGCGUCCGUGCGAGCCGCACACGCUCAACUACAUCGAGGUGGAGAUGGACCCGGGCUCGGACUGCAGUACGCCCAGGACGCCGCACACGCCCGCCUCACCGCGCCCCCCCACGCCCACCACCGCCCCAGCCACGGCCACGCCCACGCGCAGGACCGAACUGUACGCAGUGAUCGACGUGGAACGCACGGCAGCCAUGUCGAACCUGCAAAGAGCGCAGCCUCGCUACGACGGUACGUCCAGGAAAACCAGACACAACAGCGUGGACCUGCCCAUGUAACCCCGCCCACUCCACCUGUCCGACCCCGCCCACUUUGUUUUUCGCUGAAACUUUAUAAAGAAACCUUUAAAAGGCACUCGGCAGUUUUGGAGCGCUGGAGAGCGCAGGAGAGCGGAGCGAUGGUUUUAUUCGUGCUGGGCGGCCGUGCACUCGCCAUCCUGCGCCUGAGCGUGACCUUUGACCUUCCCCGCACGGCCGGACUGCAGUCUGUGUCCAUUCCGUACAGAUCAGUAUUACUGAUGGAGCAUUCCUGUUUCUGUUUGUGUUCUUUUGUUUUACUUUUGUAUUGAAAUGACACUACAGGUUGUUUAUAAUUGCAGUAUCCAGGGACUUUACGGUACACGACAGCCGCCAUCUUGCUGACUACAUUUAGAUUUCACUACAGCACAAUAAAAGACUUUAUUUUGUUUGAUUCA